AUGAUCUCAGCCGUCUCCAGCCCGUGGCUGACGCAGCUCUCCCAUUUUUGCGAUGUUGCAGCUUUCACCGCCAACAGCCUGAGCAGCCUCAACUCGGCCGCGGCCGCCGCGGCGGGCUACCCCCACCUCCCGCCUUCCCCGGCCGGAGAGACCUACGGCCAGCAUGAGCCGCCGCACUACGAGCCCUGCUCGGGCCAGCCGCCUCCGCCGCCUCACCACCCUCCGGCCCAGCAGCAGCACCAUCACCAGCCGCCACACCACCACCACGGCCAGGCGCAACACGGCGGCUACUCCUUCGCGCCCGGAGCGGCGGGCAACAACCCUCCACCCCCGGUGGGCUCCGAGGCUCCCGAAGGCGGCGGCGGCGGCGGAGGAUCGGGCUCGGCCUCGACCAAGGCUCCGGUCAAGAAGAACCCCAAAGUGGCCAACGUCAGCGUCCAGUUGGAGAUGAAAGCGCUGUGGGACGAAUUCAACCAACUGGGGACCGAAAUGAUCGUCACCAAAGCCGGCAGGAGAAUGUUCCCCACAUUCCAGGUGAAAAUUUUUGGGAUGGAUCCCAUGGCAGACUAUAUGCUCCUGAUGGACUUUGUCCCAGUGGACGACAAACGCUAUCGGUAUGCCUUUCACAGCUCCUCCUGGCUCGUCGCUGGCAAAGCCGACCCUGCCACGCCUGGGAGAGUGCACUACCACCCGGAUUCCCCGGCAAGGGGAGCUCAGUGGAUGAAGCAAAUCGUGUCCUUUGAUAAAUUGAAGCUGACGAACAAUUUAUUGGAUGACAACGGGCAUAUCAUUUUGAACUCCAUGCACAGAUACCAGCCCCGUUUCCACGUGGUCUACGUGGACCCACGAAAAGACAGCGAGAAGUACGCCGAGGAGAACUUUAAGACCUUUGUCUUCGAGGAGACCCGAUUCACCGCCGUCACGGCCUAUCAAAACCAUCGGAUAACCCAGCUUAAGAUUGCCAGCAAUCCAUUUGCAAAAGGAUUCCGGGAUUGCGAUCCUGAAGACUGGCCUAGGAAUCACCGACCAGGAGCCCUACCUCUUAUGAGCGCCUUCGCCCGGUCGAGAAAUCCUGUGUCUUCCCCAGUGCACCAAAAUGGAACUGACAAAGAUAUGGACAGUCGACGGGAAUACGAACGGGAAACGGCGACUGGGACACCCCUCCACGCCGAUCCAACUCAUCAGCAGCUCAUGUCUCGGGUGUUAAGUCCGGCACUCCCGGUUCCCGGUGGAGGCGGAUUGGUCCCACUCCCUACUCCAGCUGGAAGUCGGCCUAGUCCCCCCCAUCACGAGUUACGGCUGGAUCCCUCUGCUUCGGAACCUCUCCAUCACCAUCCGUACAAACAUCCCGUCUCCGCUUACGACCAUUACCUAGGGGCCAAGAGCCGGCCAGCCCCCUACCCCUUGCCCGGUAUCCGAGGACACAGUUAUCACCAUCACCACCAUCACCACAUGAAUCCAGCUGCUGCGGCUGCUGCCGCUGCAGCCGCCGCAGCUGCCAACAUGUACUCCACCGCCGGUGCUCCCGCAACCUAUGACUACGGACCGAGAUAACGCCUCUGACGCAAGCUCCUCGCCGAGCUCGGACCGACUCUUUGCAUGGUGUGAAUUGCUCAGUAACGUUUGGGAAGAGUGUUCCUGUUUGUGUCGAAUUCGGGGUGGGGUGGGGUGAACCCGCCAUCGUCCCUUGUGCACACGGUUUUCUUCCUCGCACCAUCCUUCCGCCAGGUUGACAUGCCGUUCAAGAUUCAUGUUGUCUCUUUCCAUCCAGGGAUGUGAUCUUCAGCUGGCGUUUGGGCCCUUUUGGUAAAGGGAUGGGACUUGUUUUACGUCGCCGGCUGUGGGGCUGGAAGGGUAGUUUCUCCUCUCCUCAGCCUUCCCCUUGACCCACCAAAGGGGCAGCUCCUGUCUCCGUUGUGUAACCCACCUAGUGUCCUGGUGUCAUUUCCUGGCACUGAUGCAUAUAUACAGGUAGUCCUUGACUUACAACCAUUCUCCCUUGGUGACUUUUCAAAGUUGCUACGGCCCUGAGAAAAAGGUGACUUCCGGCCAUCUAACAACCCCGUAGUCACGGGGGUCAAAAUUUGGCCGCAUGGCAACUGGCACGUAUUUGUGACCAUUGCAUUGUCAAGGGAUGGGCAUUGGUAACCUGCGGUGGCUUAGUGGUUAAAAUGCUGAGCUUG